AUGGCUAGAACAAGUAGACAUGUUGAAGAUAUUAUUAAUAUAAAUGUUGGAGGAAAAAAGUACACUGUUAGAAGAAAUGAUUUAUGUGCUGAUCCAAGAUCUCGUCUUAAUGAAUGGUUUAAACCUGGAUCAUCUAAACCAAUAGGAACUGAUAAAGGUGGAAAUUUUUAUUUAGAUAGAGAUCCAAAAUCUUUUCGUCAUAUAUUAUCUUAUCUUAGAUUAAAAAAAGAACGUUUUGUUCCAUCAUUAGCAUUACCAUCAAAGCCAGAUGAUUUAGCAAAAUUGGUUGGUGAAUGUGAAGCAUUAAAUUUAGUUGAAUUAAAAGAACUUGCUUUGGAAAUGUUGCAAAAAUAUCAAAGAACAGAAGAGCAACAUUUUGUCACAUCAUAUGUUCAAGUUGCUUUGCGUGAUUAUGAAUCAUGGCAAUAUGAAAAGGAACAGAAUGGAGUAUCAAUGAAAGGAUCCAAGAAAUCAACAGUUGAUGAAAGUUUUCAAUCACCAUCUUCAUAUGAUGAAUGGGAUAGUUUAUAA